AUGCCACUAUAUAAAAAAGGCGAUUGCAAUGAUCUUGCCAAGCUGGACAAAGUUGACCACGUAAGUGGACUUUUCAUAGACUUUUCGAGAGCUUUUGAUGUAGUUGACCAUAGCAUCCUACUGGUUAAACUUGAAAGAUAUGGAAUAAAAGGCAUUCCUCUGAAAUUUUUCCAAUCCUAUCUCGUCAAUAGAAACCAGGUUGUUUUACUCAAUGAUAUUCGUAGUCCUUCUUGUAGCAUCACACAGGGUGUUCCACAGGGAUCAGUUCUGGGUCCUCUACUUUUCAACAUAUUUGCGAAUGACCUCAUAUAUUGUGUCGAAAAUAUUCCAAAUGUUAAGAUUAUUUGUUACGCAGAUGAUACUAACAUCAUUAUCUCUGGUGACAAUCAAAAAUCACUCAAUAAUUCCACAGAAAGAAUACUGAGUGAUCGUCUAUUUCUCAAUGACUUGGAGAAAGCUGGAAGAUUACAUGCAAUAGCGGUGAAAUCCCCUGUUUAUUGUUAUGACUUUGAUUAUAGAGGAGCACACAGUGCAUCAGAGUUUAGGACAAACAGUACUGUGAACAUAGAGUCUUUGAUUAUUCAUAUAUUUUUUUAUGCCAACGGGUCCAAGACCAAGGAAGGCUCUGGUGCUGGAAUUUACAGUGAAGGGAUAAACUCCCAAAUGAGCAUCUCCCUGGUAAUAAACACUUCUGUAUCUCAUGCGGAAAUAUACGCAAUCUUGCAAUGUGCAAGAACAAACAAUAUGAGGGUAGUGCGCAUUGCACGAAUCAAAAUAUGCACCGAUAGCCAGGCAUCACUGAAAGCUUUCACGAACCUGAGAGUGACAUCCAGGCUGGUACAGGAAUGCAGAGAAGAACUCAAUGUCCUGUCAGAACAUAACAAAAUAACCCUGUUAUGGGUUCCAGGACAUUGCGGCAUCGUAGGGAACGAAAAAGCUGAUGAACUAGCAAGAACCCGUAUACUCGAGGAACCAAGUCAGAAAAAUAACGGGACUUCUCACUGGUCACAACACACACAACAAUGGGACUGUACAGUGGAGAACUUAUCUGCAGACAAUGCAGUGAAGGGACAGAAACCGGAAAAAAGAAACUGUGGUCAACAUCGCACUACUCGGAGUGCUGAAACGGAGGAGCGAGUAUUGGAUUUGAUUGCAGGAGACUCAGGGAUUAGUGUUAGGAGAAUUUCUACCCAAGAAGGUAUCUCAAAAAGUUCAGUGUGGAGAAGUAUUCAUGAACAAUUACUCUACCCUUACCAUGUGCAGAGAGUUCAAGCUCUCAAACCUCAAGAUCUAGCGCCCAGGUUACAAUACUGCAAUUGGUUGUUUGAUGAUUGUCUUCAAAACCCAACUUUUCUGGAAAGUAUCCUUUUUACCGAUGAGGCAGGGUUCACCAGAGAUGGAGUAUUCAAUUUUCACAAUACUCAUAUUUGGGCUGAUGGGAACCCACACACAGUUUUUGAAUCAAAUCACCAAGACACAUUUUCUAUCAAUGUACGGGCAGGAAUAAUCGAUAACUAUUCGAUAGGUCCCUACGUACUGCCUCAUCGUUUGAAUGUAAGCACUACUUCGGUGCCAUUGGUCAAAACUCCCAUGGGAACCAUAGAAGGGUUCACCGGUGAAACAGUCAAGGGCAGAAGGUAUCAAGCGUUCGAAGGUAUUCCCUAUGCUCGACCUCCGGUAGGGCAAUACAGAUUCGAGGAAGCUGCACCUCCAGAACCAUGGACUGGGAUAAUGAAGGCAAAAACAAUGUUCAAAUGUAUGCAAUACGAUCAUUUCACUCCACCAAACGAAGAUAUGGUAUCAGGAGACGAAGAUUGCCUUUAUGUGAAUGUCUACACCCCAGCUUUGAAUCAAUCAAAUCGCUUGCCAGUACUGGUCUACAUACAUGGAGGCGCCUUCAUGUUCAACUACGGUGGUUUGUAUGGUCCGCAAAUACUUCUCGAUAGAGACGUCGUUUAUGUCAACUUCAACUAUCGUCUAGGACCAUUAGGUUUUUUGAGUACCGAAGAUGACAUCGUACCAGGAAAUAAUGGUGUGAAAGAUCAAAUUUUGGCUUUGAAAUGGAUCAAAGACAAUAUCAAAUAUUUUGGUGGUAAUCCCGAUUCAAUCACUAUUCAUGGAAUGUCAGCCGGUGGUGCAAGUGUACAAUUACAUUAUUUAUUAUCCAAAUCUAAGGGUCUUUUCUCUAGAGGUAUAUCCCAAAGUGGUUCUGCUCUCAACCCUUGGGUAUUAGUUGAGAAACCUCUGGAAACAGCCAAAAUUUUAUCAUCCUCACUGGGAUGCCCGACAGAAGACAAUAAAUUGAUGCCAUGGUUAUACAAUCCAUUUUCACCAUUCGGUGUAGUAGUUGACAGUUGGUCAAGUGAUCCAGUACUACCAAUUCAUCCUUAUAAGCUGCUACAAGAUGGAAGAGUUCAAGACUUACCUUGGUUGAUAUCAUAUACAUCUUCAGAGGGACUAUAUCCAGCAUCAGGUAAGAAACAGGAUGAGACUAAACAAUCAAACGUAGGAAAUAUCAAUGAUGGUUCAGAGAAAGCCAUUAAUGCCUUAUUGAAACUUAAUUCAACAGACUUCAUGUUCACUAUGAUACUGAGUGAUCGUCUAUUUCUCAAUGACUUGGAGAAAGCUGGAAGAUUACAUGCAAUGGCUGUGAAAUCCCCUGUUUAUUGUUACUACUUUGAUUAUAGAGGAGCACACAGUGCAUCGGAGUUUAGGACAAACAGUACUGUGAACAUAGGAGUCUCACAUGCUGACGAUACGAGCUAUGUGCUCAAAACUAAAACGGAUACCCUUUCUACUGAAGCUGAUAGGAAAAUGAGUGAAAUAUUCGUUGACAUGUUCCUGUCAUUCAUGAACACUGGGAAACCAAAUACAUCUCCAGAUUGGAAGCCUUUGUCCAGAAAAAGGUACACGCCUUGGAACCAGUUACAUAUAUCGAGUCCUGAUAGUUAUUUCGCUGAAGAAAAAGAAACCAUAGUGGGCAGACAUAUUUGGGAUAAAUUGGAGUUUCUUGAGAAUGAGAGAUUAUUCAAUGACAAAGACGAACUGUGAAUAGGUUAUUCUAGAUCCUUAUAUCUGACUAUAGCUGAAUAAAUCAUUUACAUCAUU